AUGCUUAUGGAGACCGCGGAUCCAACCGGGUAGGGCUCCUCUGUUCAUAACUUGACUCAAAUGCCGUUACACUGAUUGUUAUUAAGAUGAUAACCGUUAUUAUUAUUAUUAUUAUUAUUGCUAUUAUUAUUAUUAUUCUUAUCAUUAUUGAUAUUACUAUAUAUGCUGUCCCGUUCACGUCAAUUGACCUUUAACCCUCGACCAGUCAUACGCAGACGAAUCCGGUGGUUGCUUUUCUGGAAAAAAAAUUAAGGUCGAAACUUUGUCAUCAAUUAGUGCUAUGAGGUGGAGCAGGGCUAGUUCUCACAAAAUUUUGCAGUUGGAAGGGCUCAAUCUAAUACCAGUGACGUGAUCGAUCUAUGCUGGCCGCGCGAUGGAAGCCCAUGCUUUCCGUUCUGCCUUGAAGCUUUUGGUUUACAACCCGCCUAGGCGGUCACGUGACGACUAGAAACCAACAGUAGGUGGAAGUUUGGCUGCGAAGACAGUGAUUAAGCAGAAUGUUAUUACCGACAAAGAUAAGGGAGCCAGAAAUGGCCACGGGUUCGUUGUCCUGUCGGUUUCGGUCGGGAAUAUACAAUGGUAGAGGGGGGCGCUUACCGAUCCUUCUUGCGGAACUCACUCGUUCCGUUGUGCCUUACGUGCUCUCUCUCUCUCUCUCUCUCUCUCUCUCUCUCGUCGGCUAAUAAGCCAGAAAUGGUCAUUCCAGUCUCCCUUGUCUUUAUCGGUAAUGCCAUUCUGCCUAUAUCAUGCGCCGCUGUGCGGCUGCUGGUUGGGCUCGAGAGAGAGUCUGUAAGACACAACGGAACGAGUGAGUUCCGUAAGAACGAUCGGUGAGCGUCCCUCCACCACAGGGAUUAAGGUUUCAUUGGUCGAUGGCAGCAAAUAAGCCAGAAACAGGCGCCCAAAUGGCCCUGUGUACGUUUGAUAAAAUCUUCUGGAUGUGGAACCGGCCGAAUAGUCCAUGGGGAACCUUUAAAAAACUGUACAUAUGUCCCUCUACUUGAAUCUACUAGUUCAUCUUGCUAAAAUUUGCCCUAAAUAUCAAUUUUCUGAGCUUGCUUGGCACUUUUUCUCCAAGUACUAAAUUUGGAGAAGGGUAUUAGGAGAGAUUUCUGCGCUCGUACUUUCUACGUAAUAUAUACAGGCAUGGAAAAUUACUGAAACUCCAGCUGAUUAAACGAGUGUUCAUUUAAAAUGAGUGUGAUUUUUGUCAGCCGCUGGAAAGGCUCCCAUCCGGAGUGAUCUAGUCCAUCCUUACACGUACACGGCGCAGAUGGUCAACAGACGGGCUCUAGCAGAUGGGCCAUAAACACUUCAUCGAACCGAAUUUUAUCAGUGCCUCACCACCCGCCAUUCCCUGUCGCGGUAGAUUGGGCAGUUAUACUUGCCCUCGACUUCGGUCUGGCAGUUGAUCGCCUGUUCGUGACCUUUGCCACGCAUACGGAGCUUGUUUGCUUCAGGAAGCCAGUAGAUCGGAGCACCUGCAUUCCUGAGCUUAGUCAAGUACUGCGCGUGUUCGCAGAUCAAACUAUCUCACCCUGCCACCAACACAAUUAGUUGUGGUAGGGGGGCGCUCACCGAUCGUUCUUACGGGACUCAUUCGUUCGGUUGUGCCUUAUGGGCUCUUUCUCUCUCGAGCCCAACCAGCAGCCGCACAGCGGCGCAUGAUAUAUAGGCAGAAUGGCAUUACCGACAAAGACAAGGGAGACUGGAAUGGCCAUUUCUGGCUUAUUAGCCGUAGUCAGCCAGUCACACCCAACCCCAUAAGUGUGGAACAGCCGAGGCUCGAACUCGCGACCUGUUGGUUUAUAAGUCCAUGCCUCUACCCACCGGACCACGAGCCCGUUGCCCUGUCGGUUUCGAUCGGGAAUAUACAAUGGUAGGGGGGCGUUCACCGAUCGUUCUUACGGAACUCACUCGUUCCGUUGUGCCUUAUGAACUCUCUCUCGAGCCCAACCAGCAGCCGCACAGCGGUGCAUGAUAUUGGCAGCAUGGCAUUACUGGCAGUUAGUAGUAAACUGCCCUUACUAACUUGGAGUAAAUCAUUCGGAGCGAAGCUUUAUAGGCUUGACCCCAAAGCUGACAUAAAUACCCGAGCCGAAAUCCGCCAGCUACAGUGCGAUAUCCGCGUAGCAUUCAUUGACUGCCAACAGUAUGCGCCUGUUGUACGAUUUUACCAUAGUGAUGAGGCAAGUACUAGCUGAGAGCGUAUGUUUCGCCGAUCUUGCAGUUGUUAGGUGUGCGGCCAUCAAUGGGUCCCCCAACUUCCUCAUGCGUUUCCUGGAUUGACAUUUCAGCAUUUUUAUGCAUGAAUAUGGAGUAAAUUUCUCGACACAAACCAUCGCAGGCUCGGUGCGAAUGUCGUUUUUUAAUAUUUGAGCCAAAAUCUAGCAGACUCAGCGAAACAAUCGCGUGACCCGCAGAUCCUCCGAUUAGACGGAACAAAACGAGAUUCUCCUGAUUACCAAUAAGCACCUGUGUGCACGGGAAUGACACACAACCGAUUCGACUGCUCCGCGCUUGUUCCUGACCUCCAAUCGAGGGCUUCCGCAGACGGGGCUGAAAGUCCGCAAGCCGAUAGGUAUUUCUGAUAGCAGCCAACAGGAGGUGGACUUUCGGUCUGAUUGGUGGAGCGUACGAUUCAAACGCUCGGUUGAGUGUUCCAGUAUCGAAAGUCAUGGCAUUUCGCACAACUUCAGUUUCCAAACCACACAGUUUGAAUAAAUACUCACCAUCCUUAGACCGAAAGACAGUGUCCUGACAUCUGGAACAGUGGUGGGCAUGUGGGUUUAAAGACAUGUGAAUGUCAGGUUACUUGUCUUUUCCCAUAGGGCAGAAUUCGAGUAAGUCGCACGGAGCGAGUACGAGAAGCGUCCUUUGUGUAAGCGACGAAAAUCAACGGUAGAACAGAUUACAAUCAGAUACCGAUUUUUCGGGAGUAGGCACAGGCCGCUGGGAGGGUUCCCUAUAGAUUGCUUGAGCUCUCUGAUUGGUCGGUUUGGAGGUGAAGGGAGGGUUAGAUCGCAGUUGGUAGCCAGGACCCGUAUUACAGGUGGCGGGGGGGGGUUUACUGGGACUAUUUUGUGGGGCUCCAUAAUCCCGUCCGACCCAUUUGGCUUCCGUUCUACGUUCGAGGUUAGGAUUAGGGUACCGGUUAAUGGUUUCCGAUUUUCGGGUUAGGGUUAUGCCUUUAGGCUUAGGUUUUCGGGUUACGGUUAGGAUUUGAGGGUACGAUUAGGUUUCAGUAUUACGGCUAGGUUUUUCAGUUCCGGCUAUGUAUAAGGUCUACGUUUACGUUUACGAUUUCGGUUAGGGUUAGGGUUGCCGUUAGGGUCAACGGUUAACGUUUAAGGUUGAGGUUAGGGUUAGGGUUAGGGUCAAGGUCGCCGUCCGCUUCCCCAUUCCUGGCUACCAACUGCGAUCUAACCGAAGGGAGUUUUAUCGGACCAUCGCAGAGCAGGAAUUAGCUUGCUCCUUAGGUAGCUUUUCUUCUCGAAGACGUGUUUGGUGCAUCCCAUGGUUCUAGUCCGUGUUUAACCAAUCGUCAGACAUGGCCCGCUUAUUAACAUCGGUGCUAAAUAAAGGAUCGGAGGGGGGGACAUUAAGAAUGGCAAUUUUCUGUCGAUCUAACACCCGGCCCUAGGAAACGCGUCUCGAGUCCAACGAAUAUCAACAAGUUCAACCUUCUCCAGCCCCCCGAUGUAGAACGAUUUUAACGAGUAUAUUCAAGAGUGGAAGGUCAAUUCAUGGCUGCGAUGAGUGGAUCUCGUUUUUACAAGCCGAUCAAGUUGGGUGUCUCUGGUACUCGUACAAGGUGCCCUUCCAGAGAACGAUAUGAUCGACAAAGGAAGCCCAGUCCUCAUGUGGUUAUCACCUACUCUUAUCGCUUCGAUUUAGCUGGAGUGUUUUUUCGCAAAUGCAAAUAGGCAGCGCAGUGAGUCUCUCAUUCUGUUUGCCGAAGGGGACUGCACCCCCCUGAUGAUAACACUUACUACUCGCGUCAGGCCUUGCCGUGCACUCUAGUAUCGAUUUCCCUCUCACGCCAUGAUCCCAGAGUAGGAGUUAUUGAUUGGGCUUGCACGGUGAGCUGCCCCCAGCGCAUCACCAGAAGUCUUAUCACCUACGCCCCUCGCUGUGGUAGGCCUAAGGAAACCAGUAUUCUACAGGUGCAACCAAUAACAGCGUCAGCGUGGUCUUGCCAGCCCUUUUGAUGUGACCGACUCGUGAUCACCUGGGCGGGUUGUGCAUACUCUGCGUACCGUACGGGCGAGAUGGAGUAUUUGUGGGGCGGCACCCUCGCCUGACGGGCGGUGAAUACGAUGGAAGGUCAGUAUGCGUGCGAGCAUCAUUUCACGUUCACGGCGCCGAACAAAAUCUCUGCUCCGCUGGCUUAUGACCCAACUCCCCAGCCACUAAGCAUGUCGUCCCUACUGCCUUUUCAUCCGCACAGUCAACUGCCAAUGAGUGCAAGUGCGGCCUUCGACUCCAUGACGGAGGACCUGCCGUUGGAUUUGAGUUUUCUCAGUACGUCGACGCCACGAGAUGAGACCGGCGGGAAGUGUUCGGGGACGACGAACGGGGAGGUUGAGGGGAAUGAGGACCUACCUGCUCAUUCUCCAACCGCCAGACAUGCUCUUCAACAGCUGAACCUCGGCGAUUCCGUCACACCCACAACCUCCGCGGAGACAAUGGUUGCAACAAAGGAGGAACGGCGGCCUGUGAAGCAGGAAUCUGGCGAGCUCAAUGAACUUCUAACUGGCAUCCAAAUGGCUCCAAUAAAUGAAAACGGUAAGGAGUUGCCUUUUUAGUGUACGCUUCUAUUUCCGCAUGUCGCGGAAAACAGACCUACUACGUUUUUUAAGGUAUACGACCAAAAAUGAACUAUCGCACUUUAAAAAGGGGGGGGGGGACAUAAAAACGCAUUUAAACAGUAGCAGAAGGGGAAGGGGGGGGGGCAAGUAAUCGUAAAUGUCGGGAACGUGCAGUUGAAAUUUCGGAAGCAUGCUGGUGAAAGCUGUAGGGUGAAAGUUUGAGAAACCGUUUUUGACAAUCCGCGUGUCGAGUUUUAUGUAGCAAUAUAUGCGUACUUGACAGAAAGUUUGGUUCUCGUGGGCGUAUUUCAGAAUGACUGUGGGGCUGAGAGCCAGGCUGAAGUGGAUGAUGUGGUCUUUUAUGGCGCUCUCACGCAUGUGAGACCCAAGUCGACAUUACUGUAUUACGUUACAUCUGAAGUGGGGACCAAAUCGUAUGUGUGGCACGCGUAGAUUGACUGUCUAGCCUUGUCAGACACUGCGUCCGCGCACACCUCCGAUCGUAUUACUUUUGCCUUGCCACCAUAGCAAGGUAAGUGAGAGAGGGCAGGGUGCGGUAGACGCUUCGCAAGUCCGCCUCACUGCAAGCUGAUUCAUGCGCGAGCCACCGACGUCGAGCCCACUCCGUUCGGCACUCGUGAGGAUCCAAUUGUCACGACAGCAUAAUGUUGGGGUCGUUUCUGCGAAUGGCUUUAUUUCAUAUUGACCCAACUGCGAAAAACUCGGCGCCUCGAUGGGAUUCGAACCCACGCAGUAAGGGGAAGGCUUCAGUACAGCCAGCGCUCUAACCAAUUGAGCUACGAGGCCCCGCCGGACGACGAUGCGAGUUUAAUCACAUUUGGGUCAAGUUACUCGCCCAACCUACUGCAACGUCUGGAAUCCACUAAAUCUGAUACAGUAAGUUAACUGUUCAAGCAGGAUAUCCUAAGUAAUUCACCUAGAGUCCGCCAGAUGACUACCAGGCUCACUGGCUUCUCUCAGCCGUAUUAGAAGUCGCCUGGGGAACGUGAAUUUUCACUUUAAAAGGUUCCGCUUUUCGUCUGUGAAAUAAUUUAACCGCGUGAUUUGAGGGAUACAAAGUCUCCACCUGCAUCCCGUUAGGUUAACAACUAAAUUUCACGACGUUCGAGGUUCUUUUCACCGACCACCUGAAUUUUGGUGAACAUGUCUCACCAGUUAUGAAAAUUGCUCCAAUUGCUUUUUUCCGAAUAGCCGAUUGGCGCAUUCGUAGCUUACGCGUUUAUUAAUCUAACUAGCAGAGAUCGAAUAAGGUUUUGCAACUUUUCUUGAUUAAACGCUUAACAAAUGACAAAAUAGGUCUGAGGUUUUCCCUCUCGUGUAUUUCGAACGCUAUGUUGAUGAAUGUUUAGGCAGAUGUGGUUUUUGACAGAAUAAACUAACACUUGUCUGUGGGCUUUUAGUAAAGUUAAGCUAAGCUAUUAGGGGAGGUAACAUACAGCCGUACCACUGAAAGCUACGAAUAAUAUGCCUCUUUGUACUGUUUUGGCCAAUGCGGCAGUUAGAAUAAAUUUAGGGUCUCUGUGUUGACUACUCAAGUAGCACGGCAUUUGCACAUUAAUCUGCCACACAUAAUGGACACCGUCGGUAACGAUGAUUUGGCGAGGCUUUGUUUACUUACUCUGGGGGAGCAUCUGUGUUGAACAAAAGAGCUGAACAUCUAAGAACUAUGCGGUAUCACAGAUUAUGCUCCCCCAUAUUGUCACCAAUUUACAGGGGACAUUAUUUUUUACCGUCUAAUAAUAAAAAGAACAAUAGUAACGAUAAUAAUUAUUAUCAUUACUAUUAUAAUGAUGACAGUAAAAAGUGAAUUUAAUGUCCCUUUGAAAGCAUUGUCAAAAAUGUAUUACAUUGUCGUAUUUUUACCCCGAUGACUGCCUCAAAACACAUUGACCACCCUCACCUAACAGUCACCGCAAAGUAAAUUUAUUUCUUUCUCUGGAACCUGCAAAUAAAUAUCGCCACUUAUUUUCUUUUAACAUAGUUACUCCCCAGAUUAAGUAUCACCAAUCAUAAACCAUACCCUUGCCGAUAGUUCAAGUGCCAGACUAAUCCGCAAUACAAAGUCAUACGAGUAAUUAUUUCUAACCAACGCCACAUUUUGGAGUGCCGGAGAUAUUUCGGAAUAUUUAUUCACCUAGUGUGCGUUUAUAUUAGGACAAAAUCCGACAAAUUUAAAAAUUCAGGGCCUCCUGGUCUGAAAUAUGCGCUAUUUCCUACGAAAUGACUAGAUAAUUAAGCCGUUUUGGAUUAUUUUUUAAACAUUGACGAUGGACAUCAACUAUAAAGACAGCUAAUAGGGGCUUUAAUGCGUCCGUUCUAUGCUAGCAUCUGAUGCACCCCCUAACAGAAAACCUGCAUACUACAGGAUAUGAAUUAACCUGAGAUUAUAUUCUGCGGGCGUCAAUACGGCAGACAAAUUUGGAGACGGCUUCCAGUCAGUGUUUUCUGAAUUUUCCUGCGGGGAAAAACUGGUUAUUGUUCGCCCCCCCCCCUUCCACGUCCGAGAUGCCCACCAAGAUCUCGGUUCUGUUUAUCAGGCCCUCCAGAGUCCGGAGCCUAUCAAAGACUAAAACUGGCAUUCCAGGCUAUCUUACUGGAACCGGGGUUAAGGCGAAACGACAAUCGGUGAACACCAUUCUCAUGGGGCCUUGAACAGUCCUAACGGGCCGUGAGCCCAUGACUAAAUGACGAAUUGAGACCCGGGUUCAAACCUCCUGCUCUCCACUCUGCACUUUCGGUGUGGCUGGCUGAUGACGUCAGGCAGGGCAGAAACAACCACCUAUUUUGCCUUGUUUCCCCCCCCCCAUCCUGAUGUUGUUUUAUUGGUUCCCUCUUGUUCACAGCGACAACACCCCCAGCGGUCCUUCAGCUCUACUACAUGCUGUCCUGUGUGCGACUCUGGCGUCUAAUGUCUGCGAACAGGAGUCCUGCGGUGGAAGGCAGACCCCAGUUCAUGCCGCUAGGACCAAAGAUCCUUCCGACCAAUGAGAUCGUCCAGUCCGAGGAGGCUGCGUGGGCGUGGAGCCACAACAACGCUCAGGGUGGUCAGCCCUCCGGAAGCAGCCUGUGA